UCCAAACAAGGAAGUGGAAGCAGCAGCAGCAGCAGCAGAAGCUGCAAUGGAUCUUAUAACUCUUCUUCUCACAACUUUCGUAUGCCUUUCGGCACUGGCGUACUACUUCCUGCGACGCCAGCAGCAACAAUGGUCCCGUUUGGGUGUCCCAGCAGCGGCAAACCCUCAUCUGCUGUUCGGAAAUGUCCGAGGAAUAUUUAAGCAGGAGCACAGCUGCACCAUCCUCCAAAGGCUGUACUGGGAGUUCAAGGGGCGUGGCCUCAAGCUGGGCGGUAUCAUGAACUUCUUUCAACCGGCGAUUCUGGUUAUGGAUCCGGAAAUCAGCAAAAGCAUCCUGGUGAAGGACUUCCAGAAGUUCCACGACCGUGGAAUGUUCGUGGAUCCGGUCGGAGAUCCACUGAGUGCUAGUUUAUUCAGCCUGGAGGGUGCUGCAUGGAAGGCGAUGCGCCAGAAAAUGUCACCGACGUUCACCUCCGGAAAGAUGAAGUACAUGUUCGGUGCAGUGCUGAAUGUGGCGGAGCGGAUGAGGGAUUUUCUGGCGGAGAACUGCCACCGGGAGGACAUAGAGUUGAAGAAUAUGCUGCAGCGGUUUACGAUCGAUGUGAUUGGCAAUGUGGCUUUCGGGGUUGAGUGCGAUUCGAUAAGGAAUCCCAGUUCGGAGUUUCGGUUAAUGGGCCUCAAAGCGAACAGGUUUGAUCCGGUGAGGUUCCUGAAGUUUUUCAUCGGUGGAAGCUACAAGCGGUUUUCAAAGAUGGUGAAGCUGAAGGUCAUCGAUGAUGAUGUGGAAAAGUUUUUCACGGACCUUGCGCGGAAUACGGUGCACUACAGGGAAGAGAACGGCGUGAAACGGAAUGAUUUUAUGAAUCUCUUGAUGGAGAUAAAUAACAAGGGAAAGCUCAGCAACGAGGCUAAUUCGGGUGGCGAGGGAAUCACGCUGAACGAGAUCGCGGCACAGUGUUUCGUAUUUUUCACCGCCGGCUUCGAGACGUCCUCGACGACGAUCAACUUUUGUCUGUACGAGCUGGCGGCGAAUCCUGACGUGCAGGAAAGGCUGAGGCAGGAGAUUGAAGAAUCGAUUGCGAAGGAUGGCGGAGAAGUGACGUACGAAACGUUGCAUAGCAUGGAUUAUUUGGACCGGGUUGUCAGUGAAACCCUUCGCAAAUACUCCCCGGUGGACAAUCUCUUCCGGAUGUCCAACUCACCGUACACACCGGAGGGCUUGAAGUUUACCAUCCCGCCGGGGACUCUCUUCCAAAUCCCGAUACACUCGAUGCAUCACGAUCCAGGCUACUUCCCCAGCCCGGAACGCUUCGAUCCGGAUCGGUUUCUACCGGACGUGGUAAAGUCUCGGCAUCCGUACGCGUACCUGCCGUUCGGUGAAGGACCACGCGUUUGCAUCGGGAUGCGAUUCGGGCUGAUGCAGACCAAGAUCGGGCUGGUUACGCUGCUGAGAAACUUCCGAUUUUCGCCUCGGGCGAACACACCGGACCAGUUGCGCUUUGACACGAAGACGUUUGUGCUGACCGCACAGACGGGGAUGUAUCUCAAGAUUGAUCCAAUUCAGCUUUGAGAAGCGGGUCGAAUGCUAUCGGAAAUACAUGUUUACAACCGCUCAUCAAUCAUGGAGAGUAU